AUGUCCUUCACGGAACCCCAAGCUAUCGUUGUGGCCCUCGUCUUUGCGGUUACUCUUCUGGCCGUAGUAUAUACACGACUACGACGCCCCUCUUCUAGUUUACCCUUACCUCCAGGACCGCCAAGUGACUCGAUAUUUGGAACCUCAUUUAAAUCCGAGUUCUUCUACCGGCAUUUUGAACAGUGGACACAGGAGUAUGGGCCAGUCUUCUCAUUUCGACAAGGCUUGAGGACCAUCGUCGUUGUCGGGAGAUUUCAGGCGGCCGUGGACAUUAUGGAGAAGGAAGGUGCCGCGCUCGCCGACCGUCCUAGGUCUAUCGCUGCCGGAGAGACGUUAUCUGGUGGAAUGCGCGUCCUUCUUACCCCAGCCGGCGAGCGGUUCAAGAAGAUGCGAAGGGCCCUGCAUUCUCAUCUUCAGCCAAAGAGUGUUGCUUCGUACUCUCCAGUACUUAUGAGAACCGCAAGGCAAAAUAUGUUGGACAUCGUCCGGGAUCCGGAGAGGCACCAAGACCAUGCAAAGCGGUACGCCGCCGCUGUGGUGAUGGCCUUAGCAUACGGGAAGGCCCCACCUUCGUCGUAUGAGGAUCCUGAAGUUCAAUCCGUCAAUCGGUGCCUCACCCGACUGGGGCUGACGAUGCGUACUGGAGCCUGGAAGGUCGAUAUCCUCCCAUUGCUUAGAUUCGUGCCAGGAUAUUUAAAACCGCUCAAAGACGGGCAUGCCGAGGAAUUAUGUCUCUUUAAGACUCUCCUUCAAGAGGUUCGGGAUCAGAUCGCGAGAGGAGAUGAAGUUCCAUCUUCGUUCGGGAAGUACCUCAUAGAGCGGCAAAAUGAAUAUCAGCUCAACGAUGACGAGACGGCGUAUCUUGCUGGAAGCAUGUUCGGAGCUGGUAGCGAUACCACAGCAUCGGCGAUUAGCGUGGCUGUCAUGGCUGCAACAUGCUACCCCGAGACACAGAAGAAGGUCCAAGAAGAAUUAGAUGCGGUAAUCGGAAAAGACAGACCGCCGACAUUUGCCGAUCAGGAUAUCCUCCCUCAGACGAUGGCGUUUGUGCUGGAGAGCUUCAGGUGGAGACCCGUGACGUCUGGUGGGUUUCCACAUAAAGCUACGCGGGAUAUCAUUUGGAACAAUUACUGUAUACCAAAAGGAGCUUCUGUUAUUGGCAACGUGUGGUCUGUGGGACGUGAUCCUGCCGUCUUCCCAGAUCCGGAGACGUUCAACCCCCAAAGGUGGAUCGCGGGGGACGGGACGGUGCGAGAUGAUAUUCGGUCAUAUCCGUUCGGUUUCGGUCGAAGAGUAUGCCCUGGGCAACAUAUGGCCACGGCGUCGACGUACAUCAACACGGCGCUGACGCUGUGGGCGUUCAACCUUCGCGAAGACGAGAAAGAGAAGAUUGACACACUGGCAUUUACGGAGAGUGCGAAUGCACAUCCGAUGCCGUUCAAGGCCUUGUUUGAGCCGAGGUUGGUGGGUGGGUGGGAUGCUGUGAAGGAGGCGUUUGAGGCGUACGGGAUGUGA